AUGUUUAUCGACCUUGAUAAUUUCGAGUAACACAAAUAAACAAUAAUGGACCAGAUAAAGCAUUGCGAUUUUCUAGGGUUUGAUCUAGAGUUAACUGGAAUCAAAGGGGAUUAUUAGGACACAUUUGAAGAAUUGCCCUUCGAACGAUACUUAAAGGCACGAAAAGUAAGUAUGAAAUAUAAUAUCAUUCAAUUUGGGUUGAGCAUAUUUAUUAAAUCGUAAAAAGGAUAUCAAGCGUAUCCCUAUACAUUCUAUUUAUUCCCUUAAGAUUUAGAUGACUUCGUGGGUUUGUAAGUAGGGGCAAUAUUUUUUAAUAGUGAACAUGGCAUGGAUUGGAAUAGGUGGAUUAAUAAGGGAUUAGGCUAUAUAAAUAGGGCACAAUAUUAAAAGCUGUAAGAGGAUUAUAACAAGGACUUCCAAUAAUUGGAUUAGGAGGAAUUGAAGACUCAAUUCGAAAAAAUCUUGGAUGAUGUCAAAGCAGCUGAUAAGAAAACCAUCCAAGAUUUAAUUGAUAAACUUGAAAAAUUCAAUAAAUCAGAUGAUAAAUAGACAACGAUAGAAACAACCAAUGGAUAUCAAAGAAAAGUCAUAUAUACGUAUUUGGAGGCUUAUUAGAAGAAUAUGAUUGGAGAAUCUUUGCUAAAAGGAGAGAUGAAAAUCACAAAAUUAACAAAUGCAGAGAAAUAGGCAAAGGAUGAUGAAAGAUAAAAGUUUAAAGCAGAUAGAUUUUAAACAAAAACAGGAUUCUAUUAAAUUUGGGAAUGCAUUUUGAAUUCCAAAAAGUAUUUGGUAGGACACAAUUGCUUUGCCGAUGUCAUGUUUUGUUAUAGCCAUUUUGUAUAAUGUCCUCCAAUAUCAUGGGAAGAAUUUAAGGAAGAUAUUGCUAGAAAUUGGCCACCUAUCUAUGAUACUAAAUAUAUAAUUCAAUCAGCUUAACCAUUAGAGAAAAUCAGAGGGAAAUUAGAAACUUCAACUUCCAUUGAGAAUUUAGCAGAAUUUAUCAAAAGUAAUAUGAAUUAUAUUUAAAUUGACGUGGAAUUAGAAUAAAAUUUAUAUCACACAGCUGGUUUUGAUGCUUAUAUGACUGGAUUUAUAUUUAUAAAUUUAACGAAGGACUUUACACAACAGGAAUUAUAAAACCAAAAGAAUAAAUUAAAUUAGUUUAAGAGCAAUUACAGUAUUAAUUUGAACAGUGCUGAAGAUAUUAAAUUAAAUUAAAAAUAUGUCAUCUACAUUAAGCUUCCAGAGGAAGAUCGAAGAAACUUAUAAAUAUAAAAGAAUUAAAGAUAAUAAUUUUAAAAGUCUGCUUUUGAUAACAUUGUCAAUACGUUGAAAUAAUAAUACGAUUUAUCAGCUUCCAGGACAAUCCAUUAUAAAUAUAUUUAUAUUGAAUUUAAUUAAGAAUAUAAUCUUAAGUAGAUUCAAAAUAAGUUAUCCAAGGUGCCUGAAUUUUAGGAAUGUUAACUUUUUAAUGAACAAUAAUAUGAAAAAGAUAGAAGAGAAUUUAAGGAAAAAGAAGCAAAGUUAGAAAGGUUUGAUAAAAGACAAUGA